AAUAGUACACAUAAAUUUGUGAGUGUAUUUGUGUUAACAGUGAAAUAUAAACCAAACAGUGAAUAACCAUGUCUGACGCCGCCGUUGUUGAAGCCACCGCCUCCCCAGUUGCCGCUGUUGAGAAAAAGGCACCAAAAAAAGCCGCUGCCAAAGCAAAGAAGCCAUCAGCUGCCCCUACCCACCCUCCAACCCAGCAAAUGGUUGAUGCCGCCAUCAAGACCCUGAAGGAACGUGGAGGUUCAUCAUUGCUCGCCAUCAAGAAAUACUUGGACAGCACCUACAAAGUAGAUGCCCAAAAAUUGGCCCCCUUCAUCAAGAAGUACUUGAAAGGUGCCGUUGCCAGUGGAAAAUUGAUCCAAACUAAAGGUAAGGGUGCUUCUGGUUCAUUCAAAUUGUCUGCUUCGGCCUCCAAGGAACCCAAAGCCAAGACUGCUGAAAAGAAGAAGAAGGCCCCAGCCGCUGGUGACAAAAAGAAGAAGGCUGCCGCCCCUAAAAAGGCCGCUGGUGAGAAGAAGGCAGCUGCCAAAAAACCCUCUGCCGCCAAGAAGACCGCUGAAAAGAAGAAGGCCGACAAAACAAAGGCAAAGGCUGCCAAGAAAACCGGUACAGUUAAAGCUAAACCAGCAAAGACUGCCGCCAAAGCAUCUGCCACUAAACCAAAGGCACCCAAGGCAAAAACUGCAGCUGCUAAGCCCAAAAAAGCCGCAGCAGCGAAGAAGCCAGCUGCUAAGAAAGCCGCCACCAAGAAGUAA